AUGGCACAGCUGCUUGUACCGCCCGGACCUGACAGCUUCCGCCCCUUCGUCCCCGAGUCGCUGGCCGCCAUCGAGAGGCGCAUCGCCGAGGAGGAGGCCCGGAGACCAAGGGCGGAGCGUCGCAGCGACAGUGACGAUGAAAAUGGGCCAAAGCCCAACAGUGACCUGGAGGCAGGGAAAUCGCUUCCCUUCAUCUAUGGGGACACCCCUUCUCACCUGGUGUCCACCCCUCUGGAGGACAUGGACCCCUACUACAGCAAUCAGAAGACUUUCAUAGUAUUGAAUCGCGGGAAGGCAAUCUUCCGUUUCAACGCCACUCCUGCCUUGUACAUCUUAAGCCCCUUCAACCCACUAAGGAAGAUAGCUAUUAGAGUUUUAGUACACUCGAUGUUCAGCAUGUUGAUCAUGUUCACCAUCCUGACCAACUGUGCUUUCAUGACCCUCAGUCAUCCCCCGGAAUGGGCCAAGAAUGUAGAGUACACAUUCACAGGGAUUUACACCUUCGAGUCCCUCAUAAAAAUCCUGGCCAGGGGCUUCUGUGUGGGGAAGUUCACUUUCCUCCGGGACCCAUGGAACUGGCUGGAUUUCAGUGUCAUCCUCAUGGCAUAUGUCACAGAGUUUGUGGACCUGGGCAAUGUCUCAGCACUGCGAACCUUCAGGGUUCUGCGAGCCCUGAAAACUAUAUCAGUCAUCCCAGGCUUGAAGACCAUUGUUGGUGCACUGAUCCAGUCGGUAAAAAAGCUGUCGGACGUGAUGAUCCUCACCGUCUUCUGCCUCAGCGUCUUCGCCCUCAUCGGCCUGCAGCUCUUCAUGGGCAACCUGAGGCAGAAGUGCGUGCGCAUGCCGAGCAGCAACGGAACCAACAGCAGCAACAUUACCACUGACGAUUCUAUGUUUUUCAACAACACCCUGAUGGAAAUCAACACCACAUUUGUGCAGAACACCACAGAGAACACCUUCAACUGGACAGAGUACAUCAGCAAUGAGAAUAAUUACUAUUACCUCCCUGGUGGUAGGGAUGCUCUGCUCUGUGGGAACGGCAGUGGCGCUGGGCUCUGUCCAGAGGGUUUUAUAUGUGUCAAAGCGGGUCGUAAUCCAAAUUAUGGCUACACCAGUUUCGACACCUUCAGCUGGGCCUUCCUCUCUCUAUUCCGACUCAUGACCCAGGAUUACUGGGAGAACCUCUACCAGCAGACUUUGCGUGCCGCAGGGAAACCCUACAUGAUCUUCUUCGUGCUGGUGAUCUUUCUGGGCUCCUUUUACUUGGUCAACCUGAUCUUGGCUGUGGUGGCCAUGGCUUAUGACGAGCAGAACCAGGCAACCAUCGAGGAGGCUCAGCAGAAAGAGGAGGAGUUCCAGGCCAUGCUGGAGCAGCUGAAGAGACAGCAGGAGGAGGCACAGGCAGGACAUUCAUCUUUGUCUUCUCAAAAUCUUAGGGAAGAUGCUUCCACGGAGAGCGGAGAAUACAGCGGGAGAGGUGGCCCCACCUCCGAAUCCUCCUCAGGGACGUCUAAGCUCAGCUCGAAAAGUGCCAAGGAGCGACGCAACAGGCGUAAGAAGAGGAAGCAGAGGGAGGAGGAGGAGGAGAGGGGGGGGCGACAGUUCCACAAGUCUGAAUCUGAGGACAGCAUCAAAAGAUCCAGCUUCCGCUUCUCUAUUGAUGCCAACCGGCUUUCUUAUGAGAAGAGAUGUUCCUCACCCAACCAGUCUCUCCUCAGUAUCCGUGGAUCCCUCCUCUCACCUCGGAGGAACAGCCGUGCCAGCCUGUUCAGCUUCCGCGGCCGGGCACGCGACAUGGGCUCCGAGAACGACUUUGCUGAUGACGAGCACAGCACCUUUGAGGAGAGCGACAGUCGGCGGGGCUCCCUUUUCUUGCCACGCCGCCUCGAGCGCCGCUGCAGUGCCGUCAGCCAGACAAGCCUCGGGGCGCCGCGGAUUGUGCUGCCCGCCAACGGCAAGAUGCACUGCGCUGUAGACUGCAAUGGUGUGGUGUCACUAGUCGGUGGAACUUCUGUAACAGCCUCCCCUGUAGGUCUCCUUCUGCCUGAGGGAACGACUACGGAUACUGAGCUGAAGAAACGCCGGUCAGGUUUUCACCAGCCAUCCAUGGAUUAUUUAGAUGAGCCAGUGAGCCGACAGAGAGCUAUGAGUGUGGCCAGUAUCCUCACGAACACCAUGGAAGAGCUUGAAGAGUCGAGACAGAAGUGCCCCCCCUGCUGGUAUAGAUUUGCCAAUACCUGUUUGAUCUGGGAUUGUUGUCCAGCAUGGCUGAAAAUCAAGGAGAUCGUCAACAUGGUGGUCAUGGACCCAUUUGUGGAUUUGGCCAUCACAAUUUGCAUCGUCCUCAACACCCUUUUCAUGGCCAUGGAGCAUUACCCCAUGACUAAAGAAUUCAAUACUGUCCUUACAGUCGGAAACCUGGUGUUCACAGGCAUCUUCACAGCAGAGAUGUGUUUCAAGAUCAUCGCUCUGGAUCCCUACUACUACUUCCAGGAGGGCUGGAACAUCUUUGAUGGCAUCAUUGUUAGUCUCAGUCUGAUGGAGCUUGGCUUGGCUAACGUAGAAGGCCUGUCUGUGCUCAGGUCUUUUAGAUUGCUGAGGGUCUUCAAACUGGCAAAGUCAUGGCCAACUUUGAACAUGCUGAUCAAGAUCAUCGGUAACUCAGUGGGUGCGCUGGGGAACUUGACUCUGGUGCUGGCCAUCAUUGUCUUCAUCUUCGCUGUGGUGGGCAUGCAGCUUUUUGGCAAGAGCUACAAGGAGUGCGUGUGUAAGAUUUCUGAUGACUGUCAGCUACCCCGCUGGCACAUGCACGAUUUCUUCCACUCCUUCCUCAUUGUGUUCCGAGUCCUGUGUGGAGAGUGGAUUGAGACCAUGUGGGACUGCAUGGAAGUGGCAGGACAGACAAUGUGCCUGAUAGUCUUCAUGAUGGUCAUGGUCAUUGGAAACCUGGUGGUUCUAAACCUUUUCCUGGCUCUCCUCCUGAGCUCUUUCAGCGCUGACAACCUGGCAGCGACUGAUGAUGACACUGAGAUGAACAACCUGCAGAUUGCUGUCGGCCGGAUCCAGCGGGGGAUCGCAUUUGUCAAAGCCACAGUGCGGCAGUUCCUCCAGAGCCUCUGCUUUGGCGGGGGCGGUAAGAGGUCUGGUCUGGCUGAGGAGAGCAAACCCUUGGAUGAACUGCACAGCAAUGGCAAGGGGAACUGCAUCUCCAAUCACACUUCAGUGGAGAUCACUAAAGACCCUAGUGGGGUGUACAUGACAGAGGGCAAUGGACGGCCAGGAGGAGGGUUGGUGGUUGGGGUCAGGGCUGGUGGGGACACUGCAGUGAAGUACCCCAUAGAGGAAUGCGACUACAUGUCAUUUAUUCAUAACCCCAGCCUGACAAUCACAGUGCCCAUCGCUGUGGGUGAGUCAGACUUUGAGAACCUUAACACAGAAGAUUUCAGCAGCGACUCGUCAGAUGUAGAGGGCAGCAAAGAGAAGCUCGAUGCAGAGCCCCAGCCUCUGAGCUCAUCGGAGGGGAGCACAGUGGAUAUUCGCCCCCCAGGAGAUGGGGUUGAUUCAGUGGAGCUCGAGCCAGAAGAAUCACUGGACCCAGAGGCCUGCUUCACAGAGGGCUGUGUGCGCAGGUUCCAGUGCUGCCAGAUCAACGAGGAGGGCAGCAAUUAUAAGAGUUGGUGGACACUCAGGAAGACCUGCUUUGUCAUAGUGGAGCACAACUGGUUUGAAUCCUUCAUCAUAUUCAUGAUCCUGCUCAGCAGUGGAGCCCUUGCCUUCGAGGACAUUUACAUUGAGCAGCGGAGGACCAUCAAAACAAUGCUGGAGUACGCAGACAAGGUCUUCACUUAUGUCUUCAUUCUGGAAAUGCUGUUGAAGUGGGUGGCAUACGGCUUUGUCAAGUACUUUACCAACGCCUGGUGCUGGCUCGACUUCCUCAUUGUAGACGUGUCCUUGGUCAGCCUUGUAGCCAAUGCUCUGGGCUACUCUGAGCUUACUGCUAUCAAAUCUCUGAGGACACUGCGAGCCCUCCGGCCCCUGAGGGCCCUGUCUCGGUUUGAGGGCAUGAGGGUUGUGGUGAACGCAUUGCUGGGGGCCAUCCCCUCCAUCAUGAACGUGCUGUUGGUCUGCCUCAUCUUCUGGCUCAUCUUCAGCAUCAUGGGUGUCAACCUGUUCGCAGGGAAGUACUAUUACUGCGUCAACACCACCACAGACGACAUCUUCUCCGUUGAAAUCGUCAAUAACAGGACUGACUGCCUGAAAUUGGUCAACGAAAGUGCCCGCUGGAAGAAUGUCAAAAUCAACUUUGACAAUGUUGGGGCCGGCUAUCUGGCUCUGUUGCAAGUGGCAACAUUUAAGGGUUGGAUGGACAUCAUGUACGCAGCCGUGGACUCUCGAGAUGUGGAAGACCAGCCUAAAUAUGAAGUGAACUUGUACAUGUACCUCUACUUUGUCAUUUUCAUCAUCUUUGGCUCCUUUUUCACCCUCAACCUGUUCAUUGGUGUCAUCAUCGACAACUUCAACCAGCAGAAGAAAAAGUUUGGAGGUCAGGACAUCUUCAUGACAGAAGAACAGAAGAAAUACUACAACGCCAUGAAGAAGCUUGGUUCCAAGAAACCACAAAAGCCUAUACCUCGGCCAGCAAAUGCAUUUCAAGGCUGCGUGUUUGACUGCAUCACAAAGCAGGCUUUUGACAUCGUGAUCAUGAUCCUCAUCUGCCUUAACAUGGUGACCAUGAUGGUGGAGACGGACGACCAGACGCCAGAUAUGGACAAAAUCCUCUACUGGAUCAACCUGGUCUUCAUCGUGCUCUUCACUGGGGAGUGUGUGCUCAAGAUGAUCUCCCUGCGUCACUAUUACUUCACCAUUGGCUGGAAUAUAUUUGACUUUGUGGUAGUGAUCCUUUCCAUUGUAGGUAUGUUUUUAUCGGAAGUUAUCGAGAAAUACUUUGUGUCCCCAACACUGUUCCGAGUGAUCCGUCUGGCCAGGAUAGGCCGCAUCCUCCGUCUUAUCAAAGGUGCCAAGGGCAUCCGGACGCUUCUCUUUGCCUUGAUGAUGUCACUACCUGCCCUCUUCAACAUUGGCCUCCUCCUCUUUCUGGUCAUGUUCAUUUACGCCAUCUUUGGCAUGUCCAACUUUGCCUACGUCAAACGUGAGGCAGGGAUCGAUGACAUGUUCAAUUUUGAGACGUUUGGGAACAGUAUGAUCUGUCUGUUUCAGAUUACCACCUCAGCCGGGUGGGACAGCCUGCUGGCACCCAUACUGAACAAGAGGGAGCCUGACUGUGACAGCCAGAUAGAGCACCCGGGCAACUCCUACAAAGGCAACUGUGGCAACCCAUCAGUGGGCAUCUUCUUCUUUGUCAGCUACAUCAUCAUCUGCUUCCUCAUCGUGGUCAACAUGUACAUUGCUGUCAUCCUGGAGAACUUCAGCGUGGCUACAGAGGAGAGCGCUGAGCCACUGAGUGAGGACGACUUUGAGAUGUUCUAUGAAGUCUGGGAGCGCUUUGAUCCAGAUGCCACUCAGUUCAUGGAGUACAGCAAGCUGUCUGACUUUGCAAAUGCUCUAGAUCCACCACUGCGCAUGCCCAAGCCUAAUAUGAUCCAGCUCAUCUCCAUGGACCUGCCCAUGGUGAGUGGCGAGCGCAUCCACUGCCUUGACAUCCUGUUUGCCUUCACCAAGCGAGUGUUGGGCGAAGGUGGCGAGAUGGACGUGUUACGCGGGCAGAUGGAGGAACGUUUCAUGGCUUCUAACCCCUCUAAGGUGUCUUACGAGCCCAUCACCACCACCCUCCGCCGCAAACAAGAGGACAUGUCAGCCAUAAUCAUUCAGAGAGCCUUCCGCCGCUACAUGAUCCGUCUGGCCAUGAAGAAGGCCUCUGCCCUCUAUAAGGAGCAGCUGAAGGAGGGUAUCCGCGACCCUGACAAGGACGUGAUGGUCAUCAGCAAGUUCACUGAAAACUCCACUUCAGACAAAAUGGACAUGACCCCGUCCACAGCCUCCCCGCCCUCCUACAACAGUGUGACGAAAUCAGACAAGGACAAAUACGAGAAAGAAAAUAGGGAAAAAGAAAACAAAGGGAAACACUCGAAAGAACGAAAAAAAUAGACUUUUUAAAAAGGAACAAAAAACAAAAUGCAUCAGAGACGAGGGAAAUUUGUUUACAGCUUCUAAGGGGGGUAGAUAGUUGUAUACUUGUGUGUUGAUUUUUAAGAGUUGAGGAAUGCUCUGCCAGGUAGGCUUAAAUUGGAGUGUGGUUAUGUCAUUGAUGAAUACAUGGCGUCUUCUCAGAGGGGAAAUAUGGAAACAAGUUAUCCAGCAGACACUGCCAGAGAUUGAGUGGAAGAUGGUAGAGCCUCUCUGCUAAACGCUUGUGAUUUUCCUAUUGGUUGUUGUUACUAUCUGACACACUUGAGUGUACUGUUGAGUUGUCUGUAGCUAGUGCUGCUGCUACUACUAUAAUUCCAGUGUCUUGAAUUUAACAAUUGCUGUAUCACUUAACAAGUACUCUGCAUAUUUUAUAUUUUUUGUUGGGGUUUUUUUUUGGGGGGGGGGUACAAGGUUUCU